UUGUCAAAAGAAAGAAGAAAAAAAAAGAACAAAACGCUUGGGAAAAGCUCUGUUUUGUCGCUAAUUUCGAUUAAAUUUGUACGUUUCCGCAAAGCGCUAACCACACAUCAGAAUCGCCUGCAAUGACCAAAAAGGAGGACAAGACCCAGCCCGGCGAGGAGCUGGUGAAGGUGAACAAGUGGGAUGGCUCCGCCGUGAAGCAUGCACUGGAUGAUGCCGUCAAGACCUGCCUGCUGGGCGAUCGUCCCCAUUUGAAGGAGCAAUUCGGGUUGGUCAACACUCGCCUGGCACUGUGCGCUUUGGCCGUUGGCGUGGCCAUUAUGGCCCAUGCCUGGGACUACACCCACCCGUUCCCCCAAUCCCGUCCCGUACUGAUGUUCAGCGUUCUGGCCUACUUUGCCCUCAUGGGCGUACUGACGCUUCACACGAGCUUCCGCGAGAAGGGCACCUUUGCGGUGGCCGUUCACAAGGAAAAGGAGCGCACCUGGGAGGCAAGCUCCGACAUGAAGAAGUACGAUGACAAGUAUCUGCUCACGCUGAGCGUGCGCGACGCCAAGGGUGUGCAGCGUGAGCUGCACAGCGCCAAAUCCUGUGCGGCCUACAUCGACACCAAUGGCAUCAUAUUGGACAAUCUGGUGGCCAAUGAAGUCAAUCGCCUGUACAACUCACUGUCCGCGGAAAAGAAGGACAAAUAGCAAGAGUCGGUAUAACAAAA